UUCGCUUUCUUAAGAGAUCGAGUGACCGGCUGUCAUGAACGCCACUCGUCGUUCUACUCUAGUAGUAGUUGUUGUUGUCUGCCAUGAACGCCGUCGACGCUGACUAUAUGCACCUGAAAAGGUCGUUUGCGCAGGUAGCAACUUCGACAUAUAUCACUCUCGACCCUUCCGAAUGCUAUAGCUCCAAGGCACGCUUGCUGAGAUCCUACGACCGCGGACGGGCUCCCCCCAAACGCAGGCUGGCGGCUUUCUCAACGUUCAAGAUGCCCGUCCAAACAGGUCCAUCGCUGGUUUCCACCUCGCUAUCACCAUUUGCUCGCGAUUUCGGCGAUGCGCCUAACUGCGCCUUGCACUCACACUCACAGCGGGAAGACAAUCCCCAUUUAUAUAAUACAAAUACACACACGCUACAACAGCCAAACCAAACCACUUUUCCUCCGACUGGGGAGACCCCGAUCUCCUUUGAGCACCGGGAAAGCGUCUCCUCUGCGGUAUCUGAAUCUACUGGGUCUUCACCCACCACCACCAUUUCAACCUUUGAUACUCCCUCUGUGACAGACACGUCGCCGAGCUCCUCGCCCGAGUCUCCCUCUGCGCUCCCUAUAUCCUACCCGAAACCAAUGAUCCUUCCGGAGAUUUCAGAACGGAUUGCCAUGCAUCCUGUGUCAAAUGCACCGUCGAUAUCAGUCCAGCUAGCCCAGCCGAUUGGGAGCUUGGCUCGAGCCCCGUCGCCCAGCAGACGGGCUCGGAACCUGAAGAAUUUGUCCUUGAGAAUGCCAUGCUCAAAUUUUCGCCCGGCAGUAUCAACUGCAUCCAUUAUGGAAACGACAUCUCAAAACUUUUCAGCACCUCCGUCACCGUCUCAUCGACCGAUCAAAACUGGUCGUCGAAAACCCACCAACUUGACUAUUCGUACACCUUCUUUGGAUCAAUCAUUUUCUCGAAGUAUUACUGAAAUAGUCCCUCCAACACCGAGUAUUAGUAUUCCGAGUAUUCCGCAGCGUUCUCUACGACACUUUGAGUCUUCGCCGUCUCUGGCGUCGAUUUUCUCGCCCACCACAGCCCCGCCCGGUGGCAUGCAACUUCCCCGCCCUUCCACGCGUGAUGGCAUGCCGCGUAUGCCAGGAAGCUGGCAAGAAGAUUCUCCUGCCUCCCAGUCUGGUCCUGCUCUACAGCAAGUGGUCGAAGAAGAUUAUCAUCCAGACUCCCGUGAGUCGACAAAACGCACCGAGCAGAGCUAUCCUGAUGGCCCUAUCAAAAUAUAUGAUUCUGGAGUUUAUUUGUUUUUGGAACCGACACGAGCCGAGGCUUGCAAGUUUGACGUCGUUGUGAAUGUUGCCAAGGAGGUUGUGAACCCUUUUGCGGACGACAUUGAAAAAACAAAUACUGUCGUCUCAACCCUUAGACGACCUUACUCUGUCGCCCAGAGGUUUUCGAUUGCAGAACCAAUGACUGCCAUUUCUGAGGCGUCCUUCCACUCCGCAUUCGAGGUCAUGCCAGAUUCUGAAAGUCCAACUACACCAAAGGCUGAGAACGGCACAGUACCAGAAUACAUCCAUGUACCGUGGGACCAUAACUCUGAAAUCUUGGAUGAUUUAGGGUCAUUGUGUCAGCUCAUUGAUGAUCGUAUAUCGCAAGGCAAGAACGUUUUAAUCCACUGUCAGCUUGGAGCCAGCCGAUCGGCUUCUCUGGUCAUCGCAUAUGGUUUAUAUAAAAAUCGGGAUUUGGACUUCAACGACAUGUAUAGCAUUGUCAAGAACAAAAGUUGCUGGGUCGGGCCAAACAUGAGUCUGAUCUACCAGCUGACUGACUUUCGGGCUCGAUUACAGCGUGGGGAACCAUCAAAAGCCCCUAACGAUGAAUGGUUCAAAACACGCCCUCUAUCUCAGCCUUCUCAAACUCCGCCAUUUUCUAUGCCUGAGCCAAUGGAUACGACUGAGCCUCGCAAGACGGAGCCUGAGCGUGUGUUUUUGAAACCAGUGAGCUAUACUGAGCCGUCCAAAUCGACGGACCGCGUCACAAAAGCUACGCCUCAGCUCCGAAAAUCCAAAUCUGGGCUUCGAGUGCGAGGAAUAUCGCCACGGCCGCUCCCAUUGCGAGAGAAGUAUCAAGAUUUCCAAACAGGCCAUUUUACUAAGAAAGCCGAAUCACGCAAACCUUCCCAUUCCCGAUAUCCAUCGGUACAGAUGGACCUAGUGAUGCAGGACGUUCCGGCAUCGCCAUCGAUCUUGUCACCGAGGGCAGCUCCAUAUAUGUGCUCUUCGCUUUCGCGAACCCUGGCUGGAGACUUGGCGGGAGACGCGCCGUCUCACUUUGGCUUUGAACAGCCGCCAUUCGACCCCCGAUCGCCAUCUCAACGGCGUGAACUUCUUAUCACGAGGAAUAUUGACGAAGUCCUUUAAUGUUCGCAUUGUUUGCAUCAGGACCGGUAAUAUUUGAGAAUAUUUUUGACACGUCAUUUUAAUACAGUCUGUCACCGACAGACGCCAUUAAGUUCAGCUUUUGACCAAAGCGGGCUUUGCUGUCUGAGCUUUCCCACCUUAAUCCUGAGGUGGAUUUCUUUUGGUUCAACGAGACCUGGUCUGGUCUUUACUUUUUGUGGCAUCAGCUGCCUCUAGCUAGCAUUUCAUGGCUUAGCAUGACCUGGGACUGACCAACGGUGUUUUGGUGUUUAAAACGGGUACAAAGGACCCAGAUGUAAUUUUAGUGCCUAUUGUCUAGUUAUCGACUAGUCUUUCGCUUUUUCCUUGAUAGCCUAUUUAUGACGCAUUCAUGAGUUAGAUUGGCGGCAAUGACUAGAUACCCUGAAUACAGUUAUUCGCAGUCUACAAGUA